GAUUUAUAUGGAGGCUAGAUUGUAAGAUCAUUUGGUGGGCCGACAUAUGUCUAUGAGGAAUUUCAGACAUUAUGGUUGCCUUAAGAUACCAGUACGUAAUUACGGACUCUUUGAUGGGUGAAAUCCGUAAUUGCCCUUAAUAUAAAAUGGUAGUGGUCCCUGGGGUUAUGCAAUGGUUGCCAGAAACGUUGGUUUCUAGCGUUGUCUCUUCCCCAUCUAAGAGAGACCUCACGUGCGCCAGCAAAGACCUUGAAAGAUCUUACCGCGAUCUACCGUCCAGUUCUUCAGGUGGAUUCAGAUUUGCUAAGCUCGAAUCCAAGCUUGGAUUCUUGCUUAGGACUACUCGAUUUAGAAAACAAGUGAAGAAAAAGGUCAAGCAUCAAGACCGAUCGCAAGCUGAUAUGAUAUUGGUGUUGUUUCGGGUUGAAGAUAGAUGUUGGCAAUCAAAGAAGCUGGAUUCUACAUGUCAUGAUAUGAUCUCAUGUAUCCAUUAGCUUAGGAUGGCAGGGAAGAGUCACAAACCAUGCUUCAUGCCCAGAAUGAUACUAAUGAAAUGAACCCAUGGCAGAGGGUGAAAGCACUAGCAUGUUCGCAGGACAGUGUUGCAACACUUCAGUUGCAAACAACAGAUGACCCUAGCACUUGUGGGGGUUAAUGAUGAUGCCAUGGAGUAGUUUGUCAAUAUAACUGGCAUGUUGCUUUAAUGUUAAGAGAAUGCCAUUGUAUUGCCUUACCAGGCUCAUUUGGACACUGCUGGCAACAGGACUCCAUUUCAAUUGUUGCUUGUAACUGGGAAUGUGUACAUCCCACCCCCGCAUGCAUCCAAGAAUAUUAAAGUAGUGGUUGGACACAACUGCUAAAGGAAGACCAGCUUAUUUUUUUGCAGAGAAAUAUGCUUAUUCUUAGAUCAUAUUGAUAGUUUGUUGAUGGAUUUUAUUCUUUAGAAUUUGGGAUGUUGUUGCUAUUUGUGGUUUCAUAGUAUGCUUGGGAGGUUGGCCACACCCAACAACAUGGGUUGCUAGUACUGGAAGAUUUGGUUGGUUGAUCACAAAAGAAUUCAAGGUGAUUGAUCAUAUAAGCAUCUCAAUACAAGCAAAGAAGGUAAGCGAAAAUAAAACCUAUAACCCUACAGUAGAUGCAACGAACAAGUCCCAAAUACAAAAAGAGGUCCCCAAGCAAAGAAAUAUGAUUGGACUCGAGGAAUCUGGCUCAAUGCUAAAUGUGUGGAGGGGCAAUGACAAAGGAGGACCACAGCAGGGGUUGAGGUCGAAACACGUGUGACACACACUCAAUCAAAAGUAUAUGGGGAUCUUGGACGCGGUCGAUUGGGAGCUGCAUCUUUAAAUCAGACAGGAAACAUGCAUCAACAAGGCCAAAUUUGCUUCAAAGUAGAUGAAGUCCUUUCUGAGCAAACCGUAGAAGGAUGAGGAAAAAUGCGAGAAGGCGUGGGGAAGGGACAAAGGAGGAGGGGAGCAAGAGACAUACAAUCAUACAUAACAAAUGAGAGGGAAGAGAGACCAAGAGGCACCAAGGAAGAAAGAUGGAAGAUAGAAGAGAGAGAGAGAGAGAGAGAGAGAGAGAGAGAGAGAGAGAGAGGUUCCCAGUGCCAAUGUCAAUGCCGCACCUGACCUGGACCUGUUUCCACCAAUUACUGCUGGGAGCAGCUCAACAGAAUGCAGCUUUACAUGAUCAGAUUAUUUGGCUAAAUCCACGACAAGAUAUCAAGUCGGACUCCAAUUACUAAUCCGGAUGUCAUUCUCAAGGUUUUGGUAUCAGACCCAAAUACGAAUGGUGGGCCUCUGACGUCCAUCCCGGAGAGCAAGGCAGCGUAAGCAGAGGGAACAUCGUUCGGAGAUUGGCAGUGCGUCGAUGGCUUCUUCGUCAUUGCUCCUGAGCGCCUCCAGCAAACUUUUGCAGCUGCGUGCAGCCAACAGCAACACCGCCACCCUCCCAGCGAGGCUCCAUCUCAUCAACUAUUUCAGCACGAAUGGCCUUGAACACCGAACGCAGGCACGCUUUGCUCAUCUUGCAAAAGCAAACUUGAAAUCUGGGUGCAGAGCUAGCCUAUCUGAAGUUGCUAAGGCGGGGGAAAGUUUUGCGAAGGUUGGCUCUGCUGCAUCGACCGGAGCGAUCCCCGCGGAUCAACUUCUCAAGGUUGUGGAAACCGCUGCAAAGGCCGGGGCCGAGGUGGUGAUGGAAGCUGUUAGUAAGCCUCGAAAUAUCUCUUACAAAGGAACAACUGAUUUGGUGACCGACACAGACAAGCGUAGUGAAACUGUCAUCCUAGAUGUUGUGAGAAAGAACUUUGUGGAUCACCUUAUCUUGGGGGAGGAGGGUGGACUUAUAGGAGACACUUCAUCUGAUUAUCUUUGGUGCAUUGAUCCUCUUGAUGGAACCACAAACUUUGCCCAUGGUUAUCCUAGCUUUGCUGUGUCUGUUGGAGUUCUCUUUAGAGGAAGGCCAGCUGCUGCAGCUGUGGUUGAGUUCGUGGGGGGUCCCAUGUGUUGGAAUACCCGAGUAUUUUCUGCUACUGCUGGUGGAGGGGCUUUCUGCAAUGGCCAAAGAAUUUCUGUUAGCAAAACAGAUCAGGUGGAGCGAUCUUUACUUGUAACUGGAUUUGGUUACGAGCAUGAUGAUGCAUGGGCUACUAACAUUGAUUUGUUCAAAGAAUUUACAGACAUCAGCAGGGGUGUAAGAAGGCUUGGUGCCGCUGCUGUUGACAUGUGCCAUGUGGCAUUGGGUAUUGUAGAAGCAUACUGGGAAUAUCGUCUAAAACCAUGGGAUAUGGCUGCUGGGGUCCUGAUUGUUGAAGAGGCUGGUGGCACCGUCACACGCAUGGACGGUGGUAAUUUCUGUGUUUUUGAUCGAUCUGUCUUGGUUUCCAAUGGUGUUCUGCAUAGAAAGCUUUUAGAAAGGAUUGGUCCAGCAACGGAGAAACUUAAACACAAAGGCAUUGAUUUUUCUCUAUGGUUUAAACCAGAGAACUAUCCAACAGAUCUUUGAAUUGCUUUUUGCUUUGGGUUACUUCAAGAGUUAGGUGCAGAAUCAGGGCUACUCAAUGUUUCAGUCAUCUCAGAAGUGCCUUGAAAUAUAUGAGACUUUCUAUCAAGGGAAGCAUUGGCCACACUCUUUUCAUCUUAAUAUAAUCGUCAUCCUUUUUCA